AUGAGAGCCUUUCUGCCCCUGCUGUGCGUGGCCCUCUGGCUGUCAGGGGCCCCGGGCGUGCCGCUGAAGAAGCAGAAGGGCCCGGGGAAGCCGGCCUCCGUGGAGGACGUGAACGUGCUGACGUACGGCGUGCUCCAGUUCAGCGACGCCAUACACCACGUCUACCAGGACACCAGCCGCAGGAUGACCCGCAUCGACACGCAGCUCCUGCGCCAGCAGGGGGCGCUGCGCCAGCUGCAGGAGGAGGUGGCGCAGGCCACACAGACGGAGGAGGAGAUCAGGAAAACCCUCUCCCAUUUACAGACGCAGACGGCUGGGCUGCAUGCGCAGACUCUGCAGGUGAGGACAGUGCUUCAGAAGGCUGAGAAGGAACAGGUGAAGCUCCACAACCAGGUGACCGGUCUGGAGACCAGCCUGGACUCAGCUCCCAACAUCAGAACACUGAAGGACCAGGCCCUCCAGCACUCCAACAUUCUAAAGGUUCUGGAGGAGUGGAUCCAGGACGAGAAGCGAGCUUUGGAAGAUCAGGACCAGCAGCUGGCCCACAUGCAGAAUCUGGCCGAGUCAUGAGCCCUGUCCCACCAAGCCAAUCACAGACAGACUCUUCCCAGCCAAUAAGAGCACUUCCUGAUCAACCGUUUACUGCUGCAAGCCAAUCAUUUUUUCAUUGGAAAUGCUGACUUCUUACACUCGACAGAACAAUGCAACACAGCACAUCCCAUUCUCCCGCACACAGACAGAUGGAAGCCACACGCUAAGCUGCCUUGUUGCUCUGUGUCCUUCAUCACCCUUCCUGUUAACCAUCCAAAUAAAGGUCAUAAUGGCAUUUAUUACCA